AUGCGUAUUGCUGUUGCCCUCCGUUCUUUGGCCCGUGUUGCCACCCAACCCUCGUUGGUCGUUGUGAAACGAGGAAGUAUGCAAAUUCGAGCACUGACCACCACCGCUCAAAGAUUUUCUGGCGUUUCCAGUCAGCUGGCAGAGUGCCUCGAUGGUGAGAUCCGUGCCGAAAAGGAACUUGAGAGCCAAAGCCUCUCCCAAACCUCAUUCCCCGGCUUCAAUAUCUCGACCAAUGGAGCAGAAGUUAGACUGACGAAAAAGCACGGAAAUGAGGAUAUCCUUGUUGUAUUCAACGUCAACCAUUCGGUGGAUGUGAAUGAAGAUGGUGAAGGACAAGUACCUGAAGCGGCUCCGGUUCCGGUUGCUCUCCCUCCAUUCCAAGUGGAAAUUACCAAGGGUGGCGAGAGGCUGUGCUUCCAUUUGGAGCUGUGCGAGGGUGAAAAUCAGCAAUAUGAUUUUGCCGUUGAGGAGUUCUAUAUCGCUCCAGCUGCAAAGGCAAACGAGGAAGAUGUGGCUAGCCAUGUCUACGCUUCUAGCGGACAGUACAUUGAUUCCAACCUUCAUGACCUCCUCUUCGUGCGCUACCUCGAAGAACGUGGCCUCGACACUCAUUUCUGCAACACUCUCGUCCAAUAUGCCACCCACUAUGAACAUUCUCAAUAUGUCGGCCUCCUCAACAAGAUCAAGGCGUUCGUCUCGAAG